AACGAUUAGCGAUUAAUUAAAACGAGUUUUUGUUAAGCUUUUAACCGGAGCAGCGGCUUUUUCAGCAUUGGAGAGUGAGUAUAAAAGCGGAUGACUCUGUGAUAUUUGUUAAAAUUCAUAGAACCCAAAAAAGAAAAAAUGUUGAAUCAUAAACUCAUUUACUACUCCUGCUUCCUCCUGGUUGCCUUCUCCUUCUUGGUCAGUGCUGAUGAAUCAUCUCCGGAUGUCUUGCUCUUGAAUCAUUUCAAUCAUCAGAAUCUGAAUGGAGCGGGUCAAUAUGAAUAUGGAGUAAAGACUGAUCAUGGCAUCGACCUUAAAGCUAAGGGUGAUGUCAAUAGAGUUGAGGGAGAAUACUUUUUACCCGCUAAGGAGGGUGAGACUCCCCAGCGUGUCACCUAUGUUGCUGACGCCACUGGUUUUCAUCCACACAUCGAAAAUUGAAGCUGUCCUGUAAUUAGCUAAAUAUCGUUCAACUUGUUUAUGCACGUUCAAAAUAAAAAAAUUAAAAUUAAAAAUAAA